AGAAAAACAAUGACUAUGAUGCCUAUAAUUAGCAAACUAUACUGUUCAUCCUCUCAGACGAUGCUUGGGGUCAGGAGGAGGCCACAUGUGGUGAAUGGUGGGGGUUUUGUAGUCACGGAUUUUAGUAGCCAGAAGGUUGUUUUCAAGGUUGAUGGUUGUGGUAUUCAUGGCACAAAGGGACAAUUGGUUCUAAGAGAUGGGGAAGGAGAUGCUAUUCUUCUCAUGCGGCGAAAGGGAGGCAUGGUUGAGGUCCUUAGCAUUUACAAGAAGUGGAAAGUCUAUAGUCUAGACUAUGAAGGAGAGCAGAGCCUGGUUUUCAGCUUGAAAGAACCCAAUUCUUGUUUUGUUCCAAACAAUGGGAUCAGAAUCUCCGUUGAGCCCAGGGCUUCAAGUAGCAAAGGCUGGGACUUUGAGAUCACGGGCUAUUUCCCUGAUAGGAAUUGUAGCAUUGUUGAUGUUAGAGGCAACGUUGUAGCCCAGGUUGGGGUGAAUAAGGAAGUGGAGAAAUUGAUGGGAAGCAAGGAUCUGUAUCAUGUGGUGGUGAAACCCGGGAUGGAUCAAGUUUUCGUUUUUGGAGUCAUCGCCAUCCUUGACUACAUUUAUGGUGAAUCCACGUACUGCUAG